GUCCUUCCCCGGCCGCCGUCAUUGUAGUCUUCCUUGUCUCCGCGACCAAGAUGGCGGCCGCCUCGGAGCGGCCUCUGCUGGAGGCGGCGAAACCCUUGCUGGGCCUUCUGAACGGCAUCGCCCAGGCCUCGUACUACGGCAAUGCGGAGAUCACGGAGGAGCUGCUGCGCGACCAGCUCUACCCGGACCUGGCGCCGCAAGAGUUCCGGGCUCUGCAGGCCAAGAUGACGGGCAUCGUCAAGUCGAUCGCUUCAGCGGACAUGGAUUCCAACCAGUUGGAGGCGUUUUUGACCGCUCAAACCAAGAAACCCGGCGGCAUCACGAGCGACCAAGCAGCGGCCCUUGCGAAAUUCUGGAAGAACCACAGAGCGAAAAUUCGAGACAGCCUGAUCAAUCAAAGCAGGUGGGAAAACACCUUGAGAAACAUAAAUUGGAGAGUGGAUGUGAAGUCACAGUCGAGGCACGUAGACCAGUUGAACAGUCCCGUAGCAAUCGUCGAAAUGGAACUUGGGAAGAGUGGACAGGAAUCUGAAUUUUUGACUCUGGAAUUUGAUGAGAACAAACUGAAUCAGAUGCUGAAAAAACUCGCAGAGAUUGAAGGCAGCAUUUCUUCCUUGACCCAACAACCUAACCUUUGAGCGAAAGCGCUAUGCAUGGUCGAUUUCGGUAAUGGCGAUUCGUUUUCCCCCUCCCGGCCAAUGCGGUUGUUAUAACAGAGCCUCGUCUGUCUAACAUUGGGAUAAAGCAGAUGAAAAUCCACCAGUGACCAUGUUCAAAGUUAAUUCUGUCCUUUACAGUCCAGUUGGGCUCGAUUAAAAUGAACGGGGGUAGCCUGCAGGAGGUAUUGCUGCUCUGCACUUGAAGACCGGCGGGGAUCAGGAGAAAGAAAGCUUGCCAGUAUCAAAUAGACAAAAACAUAAUAAAAAAUAAAAAAUAAAAGAAACAUCCUCAGAUGGUGUUAUGGGUCAAUCAAAGAGUCAGGCCCAGUUCAAAGACUUUCCAGUCAGGGCGUGCAACUAACGUGGUAAAAAGAGCAGUUGAGUGCCCCAUCACUCUAUCACGGGGGUGUCAAAUGUCCGGCCUGCGGGUCAGAACCGGCCCACCCAGAGUUUCCACCAGGCCCACAGGGCUCUUUUCUCCCCCUUCCUGUCCUCCCCCUUUGAAGCUCCAAGGCUACCAAAGUUCCCUCUGCCUUGUCUUUGUCAGCUGCAGCACGAACCAAUUCUGGGCUUGCAAAGCUGCAAAGAAAACGUGGAAUGGAUUUUCCAUUAAGGUCUCUGUGCCCAGAUAGACCUUAAUGGAACACGUGUGUUGGCAACGCCAAUGAAGAGCUCCCAUGCUUACUCCUAUAUAUUACUUUAGUGAAUAUUCUAGCUAAGCUUGCUUUGUGGAGUCACCCAUACUUCCACAUUCACAGCUAGAAGCGGUUGUCGGACCUGAUCAGGAAAGCAAAGAACGCACGUGUCCUCUGACUCCCUCUCACAGUAGCGAAAGUUCCAAAUCCUAGAAAUAAUCUUCCGAUUGCUUACAAAGCCGAAGCAAUGUUCAUUUCAAAUGAGAACAAAGGAACGCCGGAGAGCAUUUUCAGCCUGAAUGGCUUCACGUGCAGAUCAAGGAUUUGUUGUAUUCUACAACCUUUUUUUGAGGAUGAUACAAUGUAGGAGCAAAAUAUUAAAAUGGAAUGGAAACGAU